CAUCUUUCGCUGGGAUGGUUCUUGGGUGGUUCUUCGUCACCGAGUUAAUCUGCUUUGCGGUUCGAACGCAUGGAAUUCCAAUGGGCGCUCGCUACGCCCCAGCGCCCCCUGGAAUGCGACCGCCCUGUGCUGCAAAGAGAGCGACUUUUUGCGAAGAAGUGGACAAAUAUCCCACGAAACUAAUUCAGACCCUUCUGCAAUCCAAACCUCUUAAUAUCGCUUCUUUCUUCACGGAUGAAAGCGAUGGACUAGAUGAACCGCCGGACUAUCUUCUACACCACGACAUGUUAAUGGACUUGGAGCCCAAAAACGCGUCCGAGAUGAGGAGGGAGAAGCGUUCCAGCG